GUGCCGUGUUGCGCUGCGCUGCGCUCCAGCAAAGUUUGCGAGCGCUGCCCUGGCCCCAUGCCCGGUUCCGAGAGCGAAUCGCUGCCCCAGAAGCAGGACAUUGUGAAGAGGCUGAGCUCCGCUUUUUAAAACCCGCCCUCCGGAGAGAUCUCAUUUCCCCCAAAACCUCCCAUUUUUCUCUCUCUCUCACUCUCUCUCUCCCUAUCCCUCUACUAAUUCCUCCUCUUCUUUCCCCCCCUUUUUUAAUUUCUUGUCUUUCCGUAAAAAAGCGGCCCCCACUUCGCAAAGCCAUGGGCAUCGCGACGAGGUGCGCCUUCCUCCUGUCCUGCCUUCGCCUGCUUUCGGCGAUCGAUCUGGACGAGGUCGAGCCGAGCUACUAUGUGGAAGUCGCGGCUACUUCGGAUGCCAUAGAUUACAAGGAUCCCUGCAAAGCUGCUGCCUUUCUGGGAGACAUCGCUCUGGAUGAGGAGGAUCUGCGCAUGUUCCAAGUGGACCGCAUCCUCGACGUGGCCCAGCGGACCAUCCAGACCCUCAAUCGCACCUCUGCAGCUAAUGAGACCUCUCAGGACAGCCCGGCACCAGGUGGGUGGUCCUUACCCCGCCGGAGGAGGGCGGCGACUUCCCGACCAGAGAGGGUGUGGCCAGAAGGAGUCAUUCCCUAUGUGAUCAGCGGCAACUUCAGUGGCAGCCAGAGGGCGAUAUUCCGGCAGGCCAUGCGGCACUGGGAGAAACACACCUGCGUGACAUUCAUCGAGAGGACUCAGGAAGACAGCUACAUCGUCUUCACCUACCGGCCAUGCGGGUGCUGCUCUUACGUAGGCAGGAGGGGCGGGGGACCCCAGGCCAUCUCCAUCGGGAAGAACUGCGACAAGUUCGGCAUCGUGGUGCAUGAGCUGGGCCACGUCAUCGGCUUCUGGCACGAGCACACCCGACCCGACCGGGACGACCACGUCAGCAUCAUCCGGGACAACAUCCAGCCAGGACAGGAGUACAACUUCCUGAAGAUGGAGCCCGGGGAGGUGGACUCCCUGGGAGAGGUGUACGACUUUGACAGCAUCAUGCACUAUGCCAGGAACACCUUCUCCAGGGGUAUCUUCUUGGACACCAUUUUGCCCCGUUAUGACAUCAAUGGAGUCCGGCCACCAAUCGGUCAGCGGACAAGGCUGAGCAAAGGAGACAUCGCUCAGGCACGCAAACUCUACAAGUGUUCGAGGUGUGGAGACAGCCUGCAGGACAGCAGCGGUAACUUCUCAUCUCCCGGGUUCCCCAACGGAUACUCCGCAUACCUGCACUGCAUCUGGCGGAUAUCGGUGACCCCCGGAGAAAAGAUCAUUCUGAACUUCACCUCCAUGGAUCUGUACAGGAGUCACUUGUGCUGGUACGACCACGUGGAGAUCAGAGAUGGCUACUGGAGGAAAGCCCCGCUGAAAGGGCGAUUCUGUGGCGACAAGCUGCCCGAUCCCAUCAUCUCCACCGACAGCCGGCUGUGGAUCGAGUUCCGCAGCAGCAGUAACUGGGUGGGCAAAGGCUUCUCGGCUGUCUAUGAAGCCAUCUGUGGUGGGGAGGUGAGGCGCGACAGCGGGCAGAUCCAGUCCCCCAACUACCCCGACGACUACCGGCCCAACAAGGUGUGCGUGUGGAAGAUCACCGUGGCCCAAGGUUUCCACGUGGGCCUGACCUUCCAGUCGUUCGAGAUUGAGAGACAUGACAGCUGCGCCUACGACUACUUGGAGGUGCGUGAUGGAAAUUCAGAGAGCAGUACCUUGCUGGGCCGCUUCUGUGGCUAUGACAAGCCUGACGACAUCAAGAGCAGCUCCAGCCAGCUGUGGAUGAAGUUUGUGUCCGAUGGUUCCGUCAACAAAGCCGGCUUCGCCGCCAACUUCUUCAAAGAGAUGGAUGAGUGCUCCAAGCCAGACAACGGGCGGUGCGAGCAGCGCUGCGUCAACACACUGGGCAGCUACCAGUGCGCCUGCGACCCCGGCUUCGAGCUGGCCUCCGACAAACGCAGCUGUGAAGCUGCCUGCGGGGGCUUCAUUACCAAGCUCAACGGCUCCAUCACCAGCCCCGGCUGGCCCCGGGAGUACCCCCCCAACAAAAACUGCAUCUGGCAGCUGGUGGCACCAACACAGUACCGCAUCACCCUGGUGUUUGACGUCUUUGAGACUGAGGGAAAUGACGUCUGCAAGUACGAUUACGUGGAGGUGAGGAGUGGGCUCUCCGCCGAAUCCAAGCUGCACGGCAAGUUCUGCGGGGCGGAGAAGCCCGAAGCCAUUACCUCACAGUACAACAACAUGCGCAUCGAGUUCAAGUCCGACAACACCGUGUCCAAGAAGGGCUUCAAGGCCCAGUUCUUCUCCGAUAAGGACGAGUGCUCCAAGGAGAACGGGGGCUGCCAACACGAGUGCGUUAACACCUUUGGGAGCUACACCUGUCAGUGCAGGAGUGGAUUCACGCUGCACGAGAACAAGCACGAUUGCAAGGAAGCGGGAUGUGACCACGUGGUGACCAGCGUGUCGGGUAUCAUCACCAGCCCGAACUGGCCCGAUAAGUACCCCAGCAAGAAGGCGUGUUCCUGGGCCCUCUCCACCACGCCCGGACACCGCAUCAAGAUCGCUUUCAACGAGAUCGACAUGGAGGCACACCUAGAAUGCGCGUACGACCACGUGGAGAUCUACGACGGACGCGACGGCAAAGCCCCAAGCCUGGGACGCUUCUGCGGCACCAAGAAGCCCCAGCCUGUCAUCUCCAGUGGCAACAAGAUAUUCCUGCGCUUCUUCUCCGACAACUCGGUGCAGAGGAAGGGCUUUGAGGCAUCACACACGGCAGAGUGUGGAGGUCGCCUGAAAGCAGAGGUCAAGACCAAAGACCUGUACUCCCACGCCCAGUUUGGGGACAACAACUACCCCAGCGCCUCCGACUGCCAGUGGGUGAUCUCGGCCGAGAAGGGCUAUGGCGUUGAGCUCAUCUUCCAGACCUUCGAGAUCGAGGAGGAGGCCGACUGCGGCUAUGAUUACAUGGAGCUGUUCGACGGUGCUGACAGCAAAUCUCCCAGGCUGGGCCGGUACUGCGGGUCAGGGCCUCCGGAGGAGAUCUACUCUGCGGGCGACUCCAUCGUCAUCAAGUUCCGCUCCGACGACACUAUCAACAAGAAGGGCUUCCACGUGCGCUACACCAGCACCAAGUUCCAGGAUACGCUGCACUCGCGCAAGUGACCUGUGGGCACUGGGCGGGGCCGCGCGGGGUGGAGGGGGGGGGUGGCCAGGGCCCAAGGGGAGGCGCCAGCCCGUCGCCUGUAGAAGCCCAGCCGCCAAGACCACCCAGGCGCGGAGGAACGUGCGUGGGACCACCGACUGCACCUCAGCCCCCUCGGGCAGGCCCCCUCCCCUGGACUGAGAGGAGUAAAGCCAUUCAGCAGCAGACCUUGUUUUUAACUUUUUUUAUGGUUCUGAUUGGGUUGGGGGGGGGGUGGAUUUCUGAGUUAGGUGGAGACUGGGGGGGAAAAUCGAUUGACCUCAAUUUUUUUCUUUUUUUUCCUUUUUUUUUUCCUUUUUAAAUGCCUCCAAAAACGAACAUUACAUUCACUCAGGAUUUACAGGAUCAGCCGGUCAGAUCCCUGCUAAAGUCGGGCCCCCCCAGCACGCCAGGAGGGGGGGGGAGGGUCCCGGGGGGUGAGGCGUGGGGGGAUGCGAGGAGUACACCUGCCCCUUCCUUCCUGAUUUCUCCAGGAUAUACCUCCCCCCGCCCAUCUGCCCUGUCGUUCCCUUCUGUUGGACUCGUAUCCGUAUCCGGAUCUGUACCCUUGACCCUUAGCUUCUGAUGCUGUAUUUCGGAGAGUUGCAUGUCUCCCCAAGGACGGACGCGGAAGGGAAUGCGUGCAAUCCCGCUCCCAGCACCAGCCUUUAUAAUUGGCCAGCCUCUGGCUCCCUGGCCAGGAUUAAUUUUCCUCAUUAUUACCCUUAACAAGGAAAAUGAAAGAAACAGUUAUCUUAUUAAAGGACUAAUAAAUGAAA